ACUGAUCUACAGCUUUAGCACUGCUAAUUUCUCACGUUCCCGCUUGGCACUAACUCCCAUGAUGCCAGCUGAAUGUCUUUUUAUGACCACAAUCACUGAAUUGUCAUACUCGAACGUUUUCCACUUAGGUUUUUUGGUCUCAUAAUUUCCGAUGAUCACACGUUUUUCAAUUGUCACUCUCAUCCUGUUCAUUUUGUCUAUCGCUCUGGUGAUUCGUCCAAUCUAUAUACCGAUACGACUUCCUCGUCUUGGGAAAAGAAAAAUCCCAAUAAAUUUGACGACAACACCCCCCACAAUCAUUGCCAUUUUAUGGGCUUCUCAAUGUCUUGGUCCAACUCAGAUCCGUGAUGGAAUUGUUGGAACCGAUGGCGUCAAACCAUAUAACAUCUUAAUCCUGUUCUUUUCACUGGCUUAUAUGGCCAUUACACUCGAUAUCAGUGGGAUCUUACAGGCAUCAGCUUUCUGGGUCAGUAACAAGGGUGGAUCAAAUGGCUGGAAACUUUACUUUUACUUCUAUUUGAUGCUUACAUCGUUGAGUGUGGUUUUGGGAAAUGAUCCUGUCAUUCUAUCCGGAACUGUUUUCUUGGUCUAUUACACAACCGCCACCGAAUUGGAGCCAAUCCCUUGGCUCAUUUCCGAGUUUGCUGCCGCCAAUACAGCCAGCAUGGUACUUUUCGUAGGCAAUCCAACGAACGUGGUUGUCUGUGAAGGGUUUGCUAUCAAUAAUGCCGCAUUCACUGCAUAUACCAUCUUACCGUUCCUUGCUUGCAACUUUGUAUGCUUCCUAGCGCUCUCCUUUCAGUUUCGUGACAAGAAGCACAUUCCUCGCAAACUGCGCGCUACGGGUACAUUAAAUCCAAGAAGUGUUCUUCGCGAUCCAGGUAGCGCCCUCGUCGGAAGCCUCCUCCUCGGAACAUGCUUGGUGGUUAUCAUCAUCGUCAGUUUCUUCAAAGUUGACGUUUGGAAAAUCAGUUUACCGUUUGCGGUGGCGAAGCUCAUAUUUGACUUUGCCUGGGACCAUUACCGUUUCACGACCGGAAAGCUUUCACAUCACGGUCAUUCGGAUUCCAAGGAAGAGACAUCCGCUGACGACGACGACGAUCCCAUGUAUUCGCAAAUCCAGCGAGCGAUGACGUCGCCGACAGAAGAGGGUCCGCACCGAAAGGAAACAUUUAACUCCAAUGCACGCACCCUUACAAACGCUACAGCCUCAGCCCAAGUUGUGGACAGAGCCUCUCCUGUUUCCUCAUCCAAAUCAUCUAAACUCAGUCAAUCCGUCGAAAUUUUCCCAAACACGCGCCGCCGUCUCCAAACCACACAUGACGGGUUGGCUGCCCACUUUCCUACGUUUUUCACUGCCCUACCGCGACUGCCGUUUGCUUUGGUACCGUUCGCAUUUUCGCAAUUCAUCCUCAUCGAAGCGCUGCAGCAUCAAGGUUGGAUCGACGUAUUCGCACAUUGGCUUUCCAAAGCUUCGCAGGGCAAAAUACACCCCUCAAUCUGGCUAAUUGGUGUCAUCGGCGUGCUGAUGUGCAACGUCGCUGGCACAAACAUUGGUGCUACCAUCCUCCUUACAAAAGUCGUUCGUGCGGCACCCAAUUUCCCUUCCGACACCACACGAGCAGCAGGCAUCGCGCUUGCUGUAGCCAGUAACAUUGGCGCAGUCAGUUUCACCUUCUCGGCCAGUCUUGCAGGAUUACUUUGGCGGACGAUACUGGUCCAGAAAGGGAUUCAUAUACAACAGAGACAGUUUGCUUUCUGGAAUCUAUUACCCAUUCUUUUCAUGACAGGCGCUGGUCUUGCUAUAGUCUCAGCUGAAAUGGCAGUACUCUACUAGAAUACUACGAAAUUGUAACAUAUGCUGGACCAAAGAUUGAUUGUCCUACUAGAAUUCAAACGGUUCCUUAAUCCUCAGGCUUUUCGACGUACAACGAGAACACUUUUCUGUAUCUAGAAUACAUAGUAUCCAUGAACAAAUUACAAA